GUCUGCAGGUGGUGUUGAAGUCCAUAAUGAAAGCCAUGGUACCUCUGCUGCAGAUCGGCUUGCUGCUCUUCUUUGCCAUCCUAAUGUUCGCCAUCAUCGGCCUCGACUUCUACAUGGGCAAGUUCCAUCGCACCUGCUUCAGAAUUGACACAGAUGAGCAGGCAGCAGAUUUCCCCUGUGGCCUGGAGGCUCCGGCGAGGACCUGCAGCAAUGGCACCGCCUGCAAGGAGUACUGGACCGGACCCAACUUUGGCAUCACCAACUUUGACAACAUCCUCUUCGCUGUUCUCACUGUUUUCCAGUGUAUCACCAUGGAGGGAUGGGUGGACAUUCUCUACAAU